CAGCACAAGAAAGUACUUGUCCAGCUGUACGAUGCGUCGGCAAGUUUGAAAUGGGGAAUUUCGGUCAGUUCGCAAGUUUUUAUGUAUUUUGAUGAAUUUGAAUGUGGAAGUUUUCGAUGGACAACCCUUCCUUUACCAAACGCCCGUUUGAUGAAAUCUGUGAAGUUCACAAUCGAGGAAAUGUUGAAUAUCGAGGCGUCAGAAAUAGCAACAGGGAUGAGUGAAAUUCAAAUCUUCACAGGACAAAACCUUGCAAGUUCGUCAGCUCCAAUUGUGCACGAAACGUUUCAGUCUGAGAAGAGACAACUCAUCCGUACACUGACAGAUAUGGACAAAAGUGUCUGCGCCUUUGAGGUUCAGUAUGUGUCUGGGUCGAGAUUGCUGUUUUACACAAAUGCCAUUGGACUUACUCAGUUCAAACUGGUGAUUACAACAAAUGGUGGAGCUGCAGAUGAUUUUGACGUGUUUAGCACAGGUGACACGACAGCCAAUGUAACAACUGCAAAGAUGCUACGCUGUGCCGGACCGGAGUACCCAGGCACGGGGGAGUUUACAUGGACCUGUAAAACAGAUGAAGGAGAAGACUCUCUUCAUGCUGCAAUAGUAUCGGUAUCGACCUCAACCGUGUAUCAGAUAUGUGAGAUUGAACUACAAGCUGUAUUUGAUAUCCCAGAGUAAUCAAUUCACAUAAUAUUCUCGGAGUGUGAAUUGAUUAAUAUUCAUGUACUGUACAUUGACAAAUAUUCAAUAGAUGUGAAUUGACAAAUUGUUUUGGAAUAUUAAUUAGACAGUAUUCUUUAUGUGUAAAUUAAAACAUAUUUCUGUCGUGUAUAAUAGGUUAUUCAAAUGGAAGGGAUUGAAUAUGAAUUUCAUUACGAGGAAAAUAUGAAAUUGGCCAUGGAAAAUACGAUGUUCUCUCUUCUUAUGGAAAAAUUCAUAUUCCAUCACGACCAUAAAAACCUAUUGAGGCCAUUGAAAUUUUGAUCAUCGAUAUAACACAUCAGUUUCGUUACACAAACGCAUUAUGUCAACUAUAAA